GCUGCUCUGCGCGGCAGCAAGAUGGCGGCGCAACAGCAGGACCGUGAGGGUGGUUCGCAGCUGGCUAGGCCCGCAGCGGAGGCCGACCCGUUGGGCCGCUUCACGUGUCCCGUGUGUUUAGAGGUGUACGAGAAGCCGGUUCAAGUGCCCUGCGGUCACGUCUUUUGCUCUGCAUGCCUGCAGGAAUGUCUGAAGCCGAAGAAGCCUGUCUGUGGGGUGUGUCGCAGCGCUCUGGCACCUGGCGUCCGAGCCGCGGAGCUCGAGCGGCAGAUUGAGAGCACAGAGACUUCUUGCCAUGGCUGCCGUAAAAAUUUCUUCCUAUCCAAGAUCCGGGCACACGUGGCUACCUGUUCCAAGUACCAGAAUUACAUCAUGGAAGGUGUGAAGGCCACCACCAAGGAUGCCUCCCUUCAGCCAAGGAAUGUCCCAAACCGUUACACCUUUCCUUGCCCUUACUGUCCUGAGAAGAACUUUGAUCAAGAAGGACUAGUGGAACACUGCAAGUUAUCCCAUAGCACGGAUACCAAAUCUGUGGUUUGCCCGAUAUGUGCCUCAAUGCCCUGGGGAGACCCCAACUACCGCAGCGCCAACUUCAUAGAGCACAUCCAGCGCCGGCACCAGUUUUCUUACGACACUUUUGUGGAUUACGAUGUUGAUGAAGAGGACAUGAUGAAUCAGGUGUUGCAGCGCUCCAUCAUCGAUCAGUGAGCAGUCUCUGCUGUCCAUCUCCUGUUCCAGAGCUUCCAUUGUGUGUUAGGCGUGAAACACGUGACUCAUACACCUUAAAUGUACAACAGACCUGGAAGUGAGCUGUGGUGUUAAGAUAGGGUCCCUUCUGACAGAGAAAGAGGUCUCCAGGUCAGAGCCGUCCUUUCCUUUGGGGUCUUCCCUACUGUUCAUUCUGUCACAUGUCUGGUCUUUGAUUGCUCCUCAGCUACUUCCUGGAGCUUUUGCUUCCUCUUCUGGAAGAGAACCCAGCUUCUCCACCUAUCCUUGUUUCACACUUGUUCCUCCCAUCUAGUGUUCGUUUCUCAGGUCCUCUGAGCCAGCCAGGACCUUUUUUGGGUCAUGAAUGGCACAAAUGAGACCAGCAUCUUCUCUCCUUGUCCCUGAGGUGUGUGUAUCCGAUUGGUGACGGAGCUCCUUCUGUGCUCUGGAAGUUCUUGUUCGUUGGCCCUUAGCAGCAGCUGCCAAAAGCUGGAGUUUACCUCCUGGGAAACAUUUCAAAAGGCCUGUUGGGGUGAAUGUUCUGGGUUUAGCAUGAUCUGAUGCUGGAAGUUUUGAUUAGUGAUAUUUUCCUACCACUCCUGCACACCCUUAGAAUUAACUGGUUCAGUCUUAAAUGCCUGCAUGGUGCCUUUUUAGGAUAAGGUGUAACCAUAUAUUUUUAGUGAGAAUAAGUGUUUCUAGGUUAGGAAAGUUAAACUCCAUUUAUCCAUAAGUGGGGAGGAGGAUCAGCUAAGAGCAGUGUAUGGGCCAUAACUUUUUGGUUCUGAUUUUCAAACUAAUGCCGUAUUUUCGGACUGAGUCAUGUUUACCUCUCUAUUUGGAGCCUGCUUACAUUCUUGUCCUUGAAGCACGAGAAGGAGUCCUCAAAUGAAUAAGGAAGAGGUUUAGGGGCUCCAGUGGAUACUAUAGUUAAUUUAUCUUUUAUUUGGUAACUUAGAUUAAACUGAGUAUUGCUUUUCUAUCACAAAUGGUUUCCACAUGUAAAUCAGUAUGUGAAAACCUGCCUUCUAAAGCAGAGGUUAUAGGAAAUCUAGUAUCACAGCCUAUCUUUUUUUGACAAGACACACUGUUCAGAAGGCAAACAUGUCUCCUGUGAGCAUUUGUUGAUGGAAACUGUCUACUGGAAGCUUGCUUUGUUAAUAGCUCAAGAAACUUGAAGUUCACCAUGUUUCAUGAAUGUUAAUAAAUACAAGGCUAAGAGCUGUCGGUCUAAUAUGUAGGAGCAGAACCUCUGAUUGACCAAAAGGCAUGUGACUUUAGGUUCACUUUUUCGUGUCAGACCUCUCUGCACUGAGCGUGGAAAGUUUCUGUGGUCAGUGGCUGAGGUUGCAAGUGACAGCGCGCUUUGGGCCUGUGUGUAGUGCUGUUGGGAGCCUCUCCCUCUGCCAUUCGGGGCUGCAGAUGCCUAGUAACCAGCAAAGACAGCGCCCUUUGGGGGCAAAGUAAUUUUUUCUAAUGUGAUAUUGCUUGGGAGGGCCCAAAUGUUAAGGUCCAUGUCUUCACUGUAAUUUCUGGAAGAAGUUCACUCUGACCUCCCUGAAUUGAGAGGUCUAAGUUUGGAGGGAAAUUUGACAAAGGCUUCAUUUGAGGGAAUGGAUGAGAGUGUGUCCAUUUCACUGGUGGUACCAAGAAACCGAUUUCCUUGUAUUAUUAAGUGCACUUCAUGUAUUUCUAAUAAGAUGACUUUCCAGAAAGUGAAAUUUGUUAUGUUCUGGCUUUUAAAUGGUGAAAUAUAAAUAAAUUUCAUAAUUUAUCCGA